GUCGUGCAGGUCGGUCAUAUAUUGGAAUUUUUGCCUCGUUGUGGUCCAGUGUUUCGAAGCAAUUAGCUAUUGUCUGAACGCUGUCCAUGGAAAUAUACGGUACUUUGUGUGACAUUUUCAAUAUAUCAAUUAUAAGUGAAAUGAAAAUAAGUGAGUUAUCCAACAAAUCGUGCAGGUGAAAUGAUCUCGGCCGACAUAUCAUUCAGCAUCUGUCUGAGCGAAAUAAGAAAAUACUAGCACCACGCAAGCGCAGCUUACCUUUGAAGCACGCACACUGUGUUAGAAACGCAUUCAUGCGUAGGUGUCCGGCCGUGCGGUGUAUUAUUAUUUGUUGGUUACUAGAGGGAUGAUCAACGCUUCUGCUUGUGUGCUUAUCUUUGCACUAUCUUGAGCUUUGUGCCGGUUCCAUUGGAAGUGAGAAAAUAAGGAUUUUUCGCGCAGUAGCCGAACCGUUGCAUAAACAGGUUUUUAUCAGUGGAUGCGCAUCAGUGUGAGUGAAUUCUAGUACUAAUUCGUAGCAACCUACUUUCUUCGUUCGUUCAAGUGCUUGGUAAAGGGAAGAACGUAAGCGGAAAAAGGAAUUUUAUCGAAGUGAAUCGAUCAAGGUGUGCUAUUAAAAUAUUAAAUUGGUUGUUUGACAUACUUGUGAAUGUUUGCAGUGUGUAUCGUUUAAUGAUCAAAUUAACCAAGAAAGUACUGCCUGGCCGGAUUCAUUCUCGCGCACGUGGUGUUCAACUUUCAAAGUAUAGAUUCCAAUAAGCAACCGACUCAGAGAAAAAAAUAUUACAACUCAUUUGGACUGCAGAUUGUUCGUGUGUAGGAGUUCUAGCGAACGAACGGAAUGUGAGCAGCUGGUGGUGACGAGAAGAAAAUAGCAAAACACAACCCGCCUGUGUUGCUGUGCUUUUGGCCAUGUUAGGUUUGGUUGCAGUCGUUGCUGUUUUUGUUUCUCUUUCUGUAACACAGAAAGGUGGGCAACAUAAAGUGCAAAAGUGAUUGUUCGCGAAGCGAAAUAUCGUCGUACACUCGCCGAAGCAAAAUCUGUGGCAAUACAGAAAAGCGUGCAGCUGGAAAUUGUAGUGUUCAAAGAAAAAAAAAGGUUAAACGGAAAACUGUUUUAUGGAGAUCAUGUUUUCCGUCUCUGUCGUGAGUGUGUAAGAGCUUUUUUUUCGGUGUCCGUCCAAGUGUGCGAUUCGCGUUGAUCUGUUUCGGCUGAAGUUACAGCGUGCAGUGAGAUUUCAUUUGUGUAAGAAAAAGAAAUAUGAAAGUUUUUCGCGCUUAUUUGGCCGUAUCAACAAUCCAGCUGGGCUGAGCUAGGAGUGGCUUUAGUUUGAAGUCUACAAAUCGAUUGCUAACGUGAAUAUUUACCUCGUCGAAGCAAUGCCGAAGUAGGCCUUGUGUGGUGUUGACUGCAAACUAGUUUCCUGUCGCCUCGGACGGAGUUCGCUUACUACCGACUAAUACCGACAACACGUGCUUUUGGUGAUUGGGCUCCAGAACUGGUUUGCGAAUAUCGCUCGGUCCUGUGGUACGAAAGACACGUUCGUGGAGUUAGUCUACUUAUAAAGAAAAAAAAACAAAAGAUCACUUCGACGAGUCAAGCUUUGAAGAGAGCUCAUCAAUUUUGCAGUCCGGCAGUGAAAAGUUAACGACGAUUGCGGUGACGAGUUUGCAGACGGUCCGAUUCGAUUUGAUCGUCGCCGUCAAUUAAGAUGUGCUGUCCGGUGGAGAGGAGUUCCGCUCCGACGUCAUCCCCUCCGUAUCGUGCAGCUGCCCUACCGAACGACGCUGAUCGCUAUGGUCGCUGUUGAGAUCCAAUGCUGGACGUGACUAAGGCCCCAUAAACCUUGUAACAAAACAGCCAAACCACGAUCAAUAGCAGAAGCAGAGCAGCACGAAGUGCUAACGUAAUUAGUAAAUUUUCGUUCGAACCAUCCACAGCAGCCACCUGAAGCGUGACUUCCGAGUAUUGAACGACCUGCUAUAAACUAGAGCGAUUGCACCACCACCAACAACAACAUCACUACCACCAUCAUCACUAUCAUCAUCACCAUCAUUAGCAACUACGGCUUCCAGCGCAAUUGCCGGUAAGGCCAACGGACAACAUCAUCACGAUCGCCAUCAUCGUCAUCAUUCCGAUCGUUGGAAAGAGCCUCAACAACAGCAGCAGCAACAGCAGCAACGACGACGACGAGCACCACGCAGUGGCCGAAAGCUGAGCUUCGAUAUCAGCAAUAUGGAGCAUUCGGAUUUAGUUUCCGAGAUGGCUCAGGUCGAGCAUCUUUCCACGCAGGAUCGACUACAUCUCGCGCGGAUGCGUCGCGCGCAACAGUUGAAGGUGGCCAAACAGCGCGAGAAAGAAUGGCUUAAAGCCCAGAGGAGCAAAGAUCGAAUGGCGGUAAGCCAGCAGCACUACAAGCGCCAUAUCACCUUCGAGGAUAGUGUCGUCCUGCUGGAGGCUGCAGCCCGGAAUGAUAUCGUUGAGGUGGCCAAGUUGCUCCAGAAAGGUGUCACGCCGGAUGCGACCAACAUGGACGGACUGACGGCACUGCAUCAGUGCUGUAUCGACGAUAACGCCGAAAUGCUCAAUCUGCUGCUGGAUUAUGGUGCCAAUGUUAAUGCUCAGGACAGCGAACGGUGGACGCCGCUGCAUGCAGCCGCCACCUGUGGACACCUGAAUCUGGUCAAGAUCCUCAUCGGUCGAGGUGCCAAUCUGUUGUCGGUGAAUGCCGACGGCAACAUGCCGUACGACAUUUGUGACGACGAGGAAGCGCUGGACUACAUCGAGGCGGAAAUGUCGAAACGGGGUGUAACGCAGGAACUAAUCGACGAAACGCGAGCGGCAACUGAAACACAGAUGCUUCGCGAUCUGCAGGAUCUCGCCGAAAAGGGUGGAGAUCUCGAAGUACCUGACAGUCAUGGUGCGACGCCGCUACAUAUAGCGUCCGCCAAUGGAUACACUAGAGCGGUUGAGUUCCUAUUAGAGCAGCACGUAUCGACGGAUGCGGUGGACCACGAUCUCUGGACACCGGUACAUGCAGCUGCUUGUUGGGGUCACUUGGAAGUACUUGAAAUGUUAGCGCAAAGUGGUGCUGAUCUAAAUGCCAAAAACAAAAAUGACGAAACGCCUUCCGAUAUCUGUGAAGAUCCGGAGAUUCGGGAACGAAUAGAGCAGCUCAAGUCGGAACAAGAAAGCAAACGACUGGCGGAAGCCCAACGUAAACGGGUUCGGCGAUCCCAGAGUAACAACACGAGGGCUCAAUCUGUACGGCGGACUUCGCUGCGAGACAAGGGUCUCACCACGAAAAAGGAUGCCGUCGAAGAAGCCCGGUUUCGAUUACAAGCACAAGAGGGCUACACAACACCGGACGGGACAACGAUACCGAACUCCAACAGCGGAACACCAAACGGUGAUAACAAUAACCGAUCGUCGUGGUCGUCACGUUCUAACAGUUCGCAUGCUUCCUCUUCCACGAACAACUCCACAGUCGUCAAUAAUACCAAGAAUAGCAACGGUCAUCUGAAUUCUGUGAAUAACAAUAGCAUCAACAGUAAUAACAGCACGAGUGUUACGCUAAACAACGGACUGAGCAAUACUCGCUACAACAAUCACCUGAAUAAUAACAACAACAGCAACAGUAAAGAUCACAACCUUGCCCACGGAACGACCACUACCUCAUCAUCCUCGUCUGCCUACUCCACAUCCUCCUCGCAGCACAAUUCCCUAGUCCAAUAUGACCGUCGAUCACCGGAAGGCAAGGACAACGAUUCCUUCUUGAGUGAAAGUAGUGGCGGUAAGAUGCUGAUCAACAGCAGCAACAACAACAACAUUAAUAAUAACAUCAUCAGUAGUAAACCCUCCUCACCACUCCCCUCCGUAUCCUCCUCAGUCAAUGGCAAUCUAGUCAGUAGUAAUAGUAGUAGUAAUCAGCAAUCAAACAUUCCAAAUGCAACGGCAGCGACGACGGCCGUAGCGGCAACGACGCCACCAACGACGGCCACUGCCACUACGGAAGUGUACUCAACCUCCAACAACGAGAAUGGCAAAAUUAAUGUCCAGGUUACUGUUCUUGUAGAUCCAUCUGUCGCAGGAACGCUGGCCGACCUGAAGAAGCAUCGUUCGCAGAAUCGAUCGAGCGUCAGUCCGGAGAAUGGUUCGCUGCUGAGUGCCCAGAGUCUAGGCAGUCUAACCGGAAAUGGAACCGGUGGACAGCCACUGGAACUGUCGUUGGUGUCCUCGUCCGAUCAUCAUUUCCAGCAGCAGCAUCACGGUAACGGUGGCGAGAAGUCAACCGUUUCUACGCUGAGCAAUGCUACCGGAAACGGCACUGUGGCAAUGGCCGGUAUCGUCGGCCCGGACGGAACACCCAGUGGGACACUGAACAAGUUCAGUGGCAACACCAGUGAGGUCGUCAGUGAUAGCACCCGAUCGCGACGGUGCUGUGUGGUGAUGUAAGCACUCGGGUUGCAGUGCGGUAAGUUAGGUGAACGAUUUAUAUGGAACAAUGUAGGAACUGAGUGGACAAGAAGAAAUGGUAUUGAAAGGUUAGUUACAUUUUUUUCCAUUUUAAUGCAGCUGAAAGGUAACAGAUUGUUGUGAUACACUAAGGUUAUUAGGUUAAAAGUCCCGUCAGUUUUGCUUUGUAAAUAUUGCAUAAAAGCAACUGUCCAAAUAUUUCCUGUCUGUAAUCUGUAAGCUCUGAUGCGCAGUUGUUUCCGUUAGUAUUAUUGCGUUCUAUUCAAAGAAAGGAAAACAAAAUUCAUCACUCAUUCAGUAUUCUGAUAGUACUUAGCCAGGAAGAAACAAUCACCGUAUUUCACUUAUUCAGUGAUCAACGCGCAAUAGCAAGCCCUAUUGCCAAUUCGGACUCAUUUUCUUAGCCAAAUAGCUACACAUGUAUCACUUACUUUAUUGAGAUGAAGAUAUAUAUAUUUACUAUACACAUACGGGAAUAGCACAGUGAGUAUUCAUAGUCCUGUAAAAUAAAGAUAUUUUCAUAUAGCAAGAUCUGAUGAAUCGAUUCUAAGUUUUCAGAUCACUUGUGUUCCUGGUGAAUUCCAACUCCUACAACUUAUCAGUCAGUUCAUUAAAAUGACGAGUAAAACACGUUGAUGAUGCUGUAGUUGAAGUAAACCACUUAAUCCUAAAAUUCAUGUUCAAUUUCCCAACUUGCUGGACGUAUUUUGAUUCCCCGUAUGCAGUGAACCGUUUUUCAGAAAGUUUACGCGUCAGUUGCCGGAACAGAGAAAAAUCUGAAGGUGCUACAUCUGCGCUGUAUGGAGGGUCAGGUUGUUUCAUCGUUUGAAGCUAAGUUUUGACAACGCUUGCGAUGUGCGACCGCACAUGGUCGUGGAUGAAGAUGGCUCAAACUCAUCAAUUGCUGGUGGAAGAGUUUCCCGUGCGGUUUUUAUAUAAGUUCCGUAGAUAUUUGACUUCGAAGUUGAUGGUACUGCAUGACCGGGGAUUCCCGGCUUUUGGGUUUAUUGUAGGAGAUCCGUUUCUAAUCUGUCUUCUGGAUAUUAAUUAACAAGUAAAAAAAAACUCUCAACUCAAUGUCCUACAGCAAAACGGAGCUGGCUUAUCAUGCACAGGUUUAGCAAAUAAAAAUUAUUCAUAACUGGAUCUUGUUUCCUUGGGGAAGAUUCAGUUAUCCAACUUUUUUUCGAUACAUACUAUGGUUGUGUGAAAUGCACAGGUAACUUUAUACAUACAUUUUUGGAGCAUUACCCCAUCCAGUUCACACCAGACGGCGGACGUCGGGCGUCGAUUUCUGGAUACCAUAUCUGUAAAACAAAAUAUUGGAAACAAAUAUUGUUAUAGCAUACUCAUAUAGCAGGAUCAUGUAAAUUUUAACCGAGCUUUGAAUCAAAACAUGGCGUGGCGAUUGUUUUGAUUUAGUUCACACUUUUAUCUGGAACUUUUAUCGAAACAUAUUGAACUAUGGCGUAACGAUAACUCUGAAAGACCUAGCAGAAAAUUAAAAAUUAUGAAAUGCUUCGAUUUUACUUUUCUUCGUGAUGUGCUAACUAAUUUUCUCGUAAUGCCGUAAUGAUAGCAUAUUUGUGGCUACCAACUAUCUAUAUUCGACAACAUUAAACGAACCGACAAAGAUGCAGAGCUAUAUCUUCAGUGGUCGCAGUAAUCUUACUAGUUUUUUUUUACUUUUUCUCGACGAUUACUCAAUGUUUCCUGAUUGGGUUGGAUUGCGUGCAGUUGGGCGAAUUUAUGUAAUUGCCAUCGAAGUUCUCUUUAUUGUCACGAAACCAGUAGUCUGCACAGAAGCUUAAUGAAUGGUAGUUAAUAUUUCUUCAGGCACUCUAGUUUUUACAGCAAAAUUGCGUAUUGAUGAAACAACCUUGACAUAGAGUCCGUAGCUGCGAAUUUUUCGCCAAAUCAUUAGUUUCCAGAAUUGAUCGAAGUAUAUAAACUUGAAUUGUUUGGAAACUACACCACGUACACCCGGGAGCAUACCAAAAAUACUUCUUACAAUAAGUUUCCUCGUCCAUGAGAAAGUAUCAUCUGUACUUCGUCAAAACAAAGUCGUCUUUAUUUCAGGUUCGUAGGCUGGGCGUUAGAUUCUAAUCCUACGUUCUGUUCGGUUGCGAAGAUGUUUGUCAUGAGCAAAAAUCUGCUCGCAUACGAUAGGUUCUGUAUAUUUUGGUUAUAUCCCAAUCCGAGAGUCCUGCGUUUACAUUGAUUGCCUUCAAUACCUUCUAGUUUAACGUAUUUAUCAUCCUGUCUUUAACUUAAAGUUCCAAAAGUUAAGGCGUUUAUUAUUCGUUCUCUGAUUUCAUCAAUUAAUCACAUUUCGCACACUUGACUACCGUUAAAGGAAAACGGAAUAUGGGAAUCGUAAGCUUUGAUUAUUUUCUGUAAAAUCAAAAUUUAUGAGAGAUAAUUUCUCCCUGUGCUUUGAAUAUUUCCCAUGUUCUAGUGCAGGGGUUCCCAAACUAUUUUGGGUCAUGGAUCCCUUUACUAAAAUUAAUUUAGGCCUCAGACCCUCAACACAUUCCUUUGAAAAUUCAAUUUCUUGCUUGCCCCUAACAAAUUCCUUUGAAAAUUCAAUUUCAUGCUUUCUUAAUAUUGAUGUAAAAUACUUACACAAUUUUUGCGGAUGGUCAAAUAAACACAACUUUUUAGCUUGAACAUUUCAAAUAACAACUUAUAUCACGCAAUAGGGGGUCGAUUUCUAGACCUUGUCGACCCCCAUAAUAAUUUUUUGUUUGUCGACCCCCGUAAAAAGGAUAUCGACCCCAAGGGGUCUAUAUCGACCACUUUGGGAACCCCUGUUCUACUGCAUUCAACGGUUAAGAUGCAAACGGAAAUUAUGUUUCAACGAGCUGCAGUACCCGUAUUAGCGAGCACAGGAAAAAAACGUCUCCUACACUCCACAAAGAACUGGCAUUGAUUUUGUUUUUCCGUUCACUGAAUCCGUUUGCAUUCAGCCAAAGACAUCAUAUUAACAAGAUAUCCAGCUCUCACAUUUCCCGAACAAAUCAUUGGCAACAACAUUUUUUGCGAGCAUGGCGCCUUCAGGCGAGUUCGCAUCGAAUCUCGUACACAGAAGUAGGGAAGAGAAAUGUCAAAUUCGUGCGCGCCAAAAUAGCAGCACUGCGCACCCAUACAAUUGACAUAAUAUGUUGAAUGUGACACCGUGCGAUGGCGUUGCUGAACUGAAGAUUGAUUUCGCUCCAAGCUGACAGGGUCUGAUUCAGCAUAACAGGGAAAUGCGUUGAAGAAUUGCGGGUCUUCGUGCUCGCUUCGAACAGUCGAAAACCCGUUUUUCCACCACAGUGCAGCCGUUCUGUAGAAUUUCUCGCUGCUGGUAAGCCUCCGUUCCACUCCGACGCCCAGAAAGGAAAUGAGAAGUGAGUAUUAAUUAAAUCGUGGCUUGUUUUCUAUUUCUAUUAAAUGCAUCAACAGUCAUUGGUUUUAAAAAUCGUUUGUACUGACUGCAAGUGGUAUGAUUGCCUAUAUCAGCAACACAAGGAAUACUAGCUAAAAUAUAAAAAUUAAGCAAUAACUCAAAGUUAUAGUGAAUGUAAAACAAAACUGAUAGUUAUUCGUUCUUGAAAACAUUUCAAUCAUCGCAUUGAAAGAGUCAUUUCAUCCUUGCUAUGUUAAACUGAAGGAAACGUGUACUUAAGAGAGCUUAAAACCUUAAUGAAGGGAAAAAAGGGAAUGUCAAUAGUACUCUAGGCUACUUAAUACGAUGUACAUAUUCGUAAGAUUCUACUAUUACUCAAUAAAAGAAAAUAAACUCGAUCAAUUAUAUUUACAACAAGUAAUGAAAAAUCAUCAAGAAAUAGAAAUUUAAAUUACAUUCUACUUUAUUACAGUAAUUUUUUGAAUAGUGCUAUGGCAAUUAAUCAUGAGGCGUUUUUUUUAUUAUUUGCACACAAAACAGACACCAUGCAGAUAGCAAGCACACAGCAUUCUAGUGAAUAUCAGAAAAACAAUUAACCCGAAGGAGAUUACAACCUUUUACGUUUCAACGAGAAAACCUUGUUCAUUAUUUGUAAAGAUAAAAGAUUAUUGUUAAUAUUUUUACAGUACCUUCGAUUAUCAUUAUUAUUAUUCUUAUUUCAAAAGGUUCUAAUUUGUUGUUGCAUCUCCUCAUGUCACGUUUAGUCACAAUAUCAAAGGAAUAUCGUUAAUAUUAAAUGCCGAGAGAAUAUAUUUAAAUCGAUUAAAAUGAGAAAAGAAACAGAAA